UAGCUAUAGGCCCGAUAUCAGUCCAGAAUUGUGUAGAUAAGCCCUAGAAAAUGGAUCCAGUUCAAGUUGCCAUCAAGCUGAGAGGUCUCCUUGUUGCCCAUGACAAUGCAGUGAAAGAGAUCCUGACAUUAGACAUGCAGGUGUACAAGCUGAUGCAAAAGAUGACGGCCAACUCCUCCAACAACUGUAUAAUUCGAGGUGAACAGCUGAUCCAGAGACGAUGGGUACUGGAAGGUGUGAAGGAGAUGUUUACCAUCUACAGACAAAUCAAGUGGCAAGAGGUGCAGGCCUGUGUAAAUGCCAUCACCAAAGAUGUUUCUGGAGAAAGGGAUACAGAGGCGGAUUGGAAUGCUGAAACUUCCUUCAAUGACGAUGACGCUUCCUUCACCGAACCCGAGGUCGACAGCUCAUACAGUGAGGACGACGAAGACCAGGAAGACCUCUACACCAACGACAGCAGCUACGAUAUGAUGACUCUCAGUCGAGCUUUGUCUGUAGACGACUGUGCACUUCAUAGACACGCUUAAGGGAAAUCACAAGUUCCUGGCCACAUCAGCUAGUGCUACAUUAACUUUGUUAUUGUUCUUGUUCAGAAAUGUUGUGCAAAGAGCAUCCUGUUAUAUUGUAACCAUAAUUGCUUGUUGAUGGUUAUGUUGAUGAAAUAAAAUAAUGAAGUCGA